CUGCGACGGAGACUAUAAUGAAGCCGACGCGGCUUUGGGCAACAGACGCAUAGCAUCCAAGGCCAUAGUCAAGUAUGACAAUGCCUCAGAACGUUAUCCCCCUUCUAGACACUCUGAUGCGUCGAACGAACGCCGGAAGGGCGAUCUAACAGAUCGCGUUCACGUGGGUUAA